AUGCAAUUCUCUCCGCUCCUGGCCAUUGCCAUUGCCAGCGCCGUCGCCGCUCAAUCUCCUCUCGCUAUUGUUUAUUCCGACUCCGACUCGUCCGGGCUAUCGGAGCCAAUUCUCGCGGAAGGCGAAUGCGUCGGCAUCGGGUCCAGUGGCAUGGCUCCUGAGGUGGGAUCCAUCUACGUCGCCCCAGACGUCACAUGCACCACCUACUUUGACCCGGGGUGCCAGGACACGAAUCAGGUCUUCUCAAGCACCCAGUCCGACAUCCCGGGAGAGCGGGACGCACAAUCUAUUCUUUGCCAGAAGAAGAACUAG